CUCCGAUCCUAGUCACCGCCAAGAUCAGUUUGACAGAAGGACGGCGAAAGGGAUUUAGACCUCCUCUUCCUCCAUCCUCGAUGCCAACAAAAACAGCCGUCGAAGAAGCAGCAUAGAAGAGUGCACCCGGGACUCAUUAGUGUUUGCUUCAGAGGAGGUUCCUUACACAGACUGAACCCUACUACCCCGGUCCGCUAGGAUCAUGGCCAAAGAUGCUGGUCUGAUUGAAACAAAUGGAGAGCUAAAGGUUUUCAUUGACCAGAAUCUUAGCCCAAGUAAGGGUGUCCUGUCUCUGGUUGCGGUCCACCCCACCACCAUCCCUGUAGCCAAGCAACUGCUACCCAAAACUCUGGGACCCUCCAAUGUCAACAUUGCGCCACACAUGCAUGUGAUCGGCACACCUCAGAGGCCCAGUGUGUCCAAUGCCAUCCUGGUAAACAGCCCUCACACGCCCAGCUCCCAGUUCCUCACCCAGAGCCAGCCUCCAGACGCCUCUCCGUGGUCCUCAGGGAAACGAGGGAAGAAGGGAGAGAAGAACGGCAAGGGCCUGAGACAUUUCUCCAUGAAGGUGUGUGAGAAGGUGCAGAAGAAAGGAGUGACCACCUACAACGAAGUGGCGGACGAGCUGGUGGCGGAGUUCAGCUCUGCGGACAACCACCUCUCCCCCAACGACUCGCAUGUGUACGACCAGAAGAACAUCCGCAGGCGUGUGUACGACGCUCUCAACGUGCUCAUGGCCAUGAACAUCAUCUCCAAGGAGAAGAAGGAGAUCAAGUGGAUCGGCCUGCCCACCAACUCUGCCCAGGAGUGCCAGAACCUUGAGGUGGAGAGACAGAAGCGUCUGGAGAGAAUCAAACAGAAACAGUCGCAGCUCCAAGAGCUCAUAUUACAGCAAAUAGCCUUCAAGAACCUGGUGCAGAGGAACCGGCAGUCAGAACAGCAGACCAACAGGCCGCCACCCCCUAACUCAGUCAUCCACCUGCCCUUCAUCAUCGUCAACACCAGCAAGAAGACAGUCAUCGACUGCAGCAUCUCCAACGACAAGUUCGAGUACCUGUUCAACUUCGACAGCAUGUUUGAGAUCCACGACGACAUCGAGGUUCUGAAGCGCAUGGGCAUGGCGUGCGGCCUGGAGGUGGGCAAGUGUUCUCCGGAGGACCUGAAGACCGCCCGCGGCCUGGUGCCCAAGGCCCUGGAGCCCUAUGUCACAGAGAUGGCCCAGGGGCCCAUAAACAACGUCUACAUCACUGGGGGAACCUCUGCCAACGGGGGGCGCUAUCACAUGGGAAGCGACAGCGGCGCCGACGCGACGCUCGCCUCCAGCUCCAACGACUCCCACUACAGCGGCUCGCGCGUCGAGACGCCCGUUUCCUACAUGGGCGACGAGGACGACGAGGACGACUACGACGAGAAUGACGACGAAGACUAGCCCCGCCGUCCCCCCGCGCCUCGCCUGGCCUCGCGCCUCCGACAAGCACAGUCCUCCCGAACCGCCCCACCUCGUCACUGUGGGAUGUGAUCUCUCGUGUGCCCUCUUCUCCCUCCAGCGCCCUCUCUCUCUCUCUCUCUCUCUCUCUCUCUCUCUCUCUCUCUCUC